GCUCUGCCGGAACAUACUGGGAGAACGCCACCGCCGAUGCCGCCGCCAGCUGCCAGCCGUGUCCGCUAGGAACGUACCAGGAGGAUGAGAAGCAGACGGACUGCACGUCGUGCGGCGUCGGCAUGACGACGGCGACCGUCGGCUCGGAGAACGCGUCGCAGUGCUACAUGGAGUGUCAGGCCGGGGAGUUCUACGACAGCACAGCAGACGCAUGCACCAAGUGUCCCAUGGGCCUGUACCAGGACGAACCGAACAAGAUUUACUGCAAGAGUUGUCCGGCCGGCACGUUCACGUCACAGCUCGGCGCCACGUCGGCAGACGACUGCAAGAGCUGUGCCCCGGGUGAGACUGUCACCAUCAGCUACACGUGCGAGCAGUGCGAGGUGGGCAAGUACUCCACCGACGGCACGGCGUGCAUCAAGUGCCCAUCUGGCACGACCACAGUCGACGUUGGCUCCACAGAGUUGGCCAACUGUAGCGUGGGUGAGUACAUACAACAGUGA